AUGGUACUUCACAUACACCACCAGAGCCUCGUUUUCCUCCAAGCUAACGCUCUGCAAAGCCCCAUCCUCCUCGUGGCCACUCUCCUUACAGCCGGGUUCGUUCUGAUGGCCGAGUCCUCCACCCCGUCCGAGUCGCAUUGGCGGUUCUCCAUUGUCCCAGGGUAUUUCCUGCAGAGUGAACCCACCACCGACGCAGACAGCUUUGACUAUGUCUCCGCCAAUUUCGGCCUGAUCCCGCGGCCCUACGACUCGGACCCCGAGUUCGACCCGGAGGGCAACAAGACGCAAUGGGAGCGCUUCGAGCACCAGGUCCGGACACUGAACCGAGAUGCUGAGCCCGACACCGCCUACAAGGUGCUGUUCCUGGGCCGGCACGGCCAAGGCUAUCACAACGUCGCCGAGGCCAAGUACGGCACCGAGCUGUGGGAUUGCUACUGGUCCCUCCUCGACGGCGACGAGAACGGCACCUGGGUCGACGCCCGCCUCACCUCGCUCGGCAUCUCGCAAGCCCAAACCGCCCACUCGGCCUGGAAGACGCAACUCGCCCACAAGAUCCCCACCCCGGAAUCCUACUACGUAAGCCCAUUGAACCGGUGCCUCGCCACCGCCAACAUCACCUUCAGCGCCCCUAGUCCCCUCCGCAACCAAACUCACAACCACCCCCAAAAAAAGCUCCUCCGCGAAACAAUCGGCCAACACACCUGCGACGGCCGCUCGACCAAAUCCGCCAUUGCAGCCGAAUACCCGCUGUACCGCAUCGAACCGGGCUUCGCCGAGGCCGACCCCCUGUACGACGCCCGCCUGCGCGAGUCCGACUCGGCCCGCGACAAGCGCUUCCGGGAUCUGUUCCAGGACAUUUUCAGCCACGACAACAACACCUUUCUGUCGUUGACGGCGCACUCCGGCGCCAUUACCAGCAUCCUCCAAAUCACGGGCCAUCGCGCGUUCGCGCUGGAGACCGGCGGCGUGAUCCCCAUCUUUGUCAAGGCGGAGCGCGUGGCGGGAGCGCUACCACCGAUGCAUGUGGAGCCGUGGUUUCCACCGCCCGUUUGCAAGGAUGGUUCUGUCCCUCAACUCGGGUAGGGAGGGUAGCUGCUGCUGCUGCUGCUGCAGUUGGGCUGGGUUGGGUUAUGUAGGGCUGCCCAUGGGUAUUGUUCGUAUUCUUGUAUAAAAGGCUUGGUUAUUCGGUAGUAAGGCCAUACUAAUACUGUCCGGGUAGAGGGGGCCAAUAGGUUAGAGGGAUGGAGGAAUGGAUAGACCGUAUAUAACGCAAUAUAUUGUACACAGAUUCGAGCUCCAGGAAAAGAAGUGACUGCUCAUGCAGAUGCCAUGCAUAUCAAACACUCCCCAACACACACACUACCUACCUAUCUAUCAGGUCAUGUCAACCCGACAAGAAGAAAACAAAGCUGCCCAGAAACACAUAAAAACGAAGAGAGAAAUGCUACAGUUGCUUUCUUCAGGGUAAAGGAGGGGGUUUCAAGGUUCUAGAGACAUAAUACAGGUUUGUGGACGGAACGCCAGGUCGAAGACAAAAAACAACCACGAAACAAAGAAGCU